AAAGCUGUAUGUAAGACCACGCUAUGAUCCCACGUGCGUCCCGCGUCUUUAUUCAUUCGUACAGGCGUUGGUACAGAAUAUGAAAUAUACGAACAGGCGAUGUUCUUUACCGAAUUUACCGCAUUAACGUGAUAAAAAUGUCUUCAACAACUUUAAAACCAUCCACGAAUAUCUAAAAUUAUAAAGAAAAGCAGCAAAAUUGUUGAAGGAUUGUAUUUACACUAGCUUAUGGUAUGUUUGAAUCGUUAUAAUGUUUCCACAAAACGGUAAGACACCAACUUUGUUGAGCCGUGCAAUAAAUAACCUGCAAGGCAAAUUGAAAAACAGCUUUCUCAAUGGUCAUCCACAUCACUUAGUUCCUGGUUAUAAUUUAAGUAAAAAUCCUGACGUUGAGAAUUAUGACGAGGAUCAUCUUAUGAAUAUGUUUCAAGAGUUUCCCUACGAUGCAAAUUUACCAAAGCCUCUAUUACCCCCGGCAAGACUGCCUCAGUGUGUUCUUAGAAACAGUGAUCCAGCGUUGCAGCUUCUUAAAAUUAAAUCUGAAAUCAAGGACAAUGUCAAUCAAAUAAUCAAGUAUCAUGAAACACAUAGAAAAGAUCUGAAAGUUUGCCACAAGACAAAUCUAAAGUGGACAAAAAUAGGAAAAGAUACAGUAGAAUCAUCAGUGCCAAGAUAUGUCGCUAAGUUGGCUGAAAUAAUGGAGUGUGAUCCAGAUCCUGAAUUUGAAGGGGAAUAUAACUGGUAUUAUACAGGUGGAUCUUUAGACAACUUGUGUGUCUUUGAUAGAAAUAUAUUGCUCUUUCCAUAUGCCAAUGAAUUAGUUGCUGCACCAUUAAUUGAGAAACCAAAUUCAUCGUGGAAGCCAAAUUUAAGAAUAGCAGGAAAAUGUGACCUCAGAAGUACCUUGUAUGAAGUAAAGCAUGUCGUUACUGCAGGGCGUUGUUGUAGGAUUCUCGGCAGGCAAAAGUACUCUUGUAGCUUCUAUUCCCUGAGGGAUGAUCAGGAAAAAUUGGAACUGAAUGAAAUUCACCAGGAGCUAUCAGAGUUGCCAUACAUCAGUGCGGACUUAAAUCUGAUUGAGUCUAAUAAAUAUUGUGUAGUGAAUAGUUCCCGAUCUGUGGAAUUCAAAGAUUUGAGUAAAACGAAGUGUUUGAGCUGCACAACAAUGCCGAAACAUGGAACAUUGCCAGAUAAUUGGAUGAGUAUAAAAUUCAAUAAAUCAGAUCCAAAUUUGAUAACAUUUGUUGACAGGUGUUGUCUAUAUUAUAUUGAUUUACGGAUUCCGUUGGAUGGGCCUACUUUGACUUUGUGUCCGAAGCAUAACUUGGAAAUAUGUGAGAUGAUUUCUGUGAAUUCUGCAAGCAAACAGAAUUCGUUUCAUCAAUACUUGGGAACAUAUCACAGCUUGUUGUUGUGCGACAGUCGAUUUGGAAAUUCAAGUGUUGUACAGAAAUGGACUCACCAGUUUAAAAGUCCUCCAGUUUUUUCUUCGAUUAUAGAAAGAAAUGGUGAAGAGAUUAUCACUUUAUCUAGCCAGUUGGCUGGGGAAAAUUCAAUAAUUAUUAACAAUUGGACAAGCGACACAAAAAUGCAUUCAUAUGCUUUGCCAUACAUGCCGCCAAGUACGUCAGAAACUUUGAAAGCAUGCCAAGACAUAGGAAAAUGUCUAGAACCGAACCUGAGAAACAGAUUAGAACUUUGCAAUGCUGGUACUGUGUUGAAUCUAAAUGAUAGAAAUGAUGUGACUCUGUUCACUCAGAAUUCAAUAGGUGAUAUAUUUUACCAGUGCAUAACGCACGGGAAGAUUUCAGGAAAUGAUUCAGACGUGAAUACAAAUUCUCUACUGGCAUUAGAGGCUUGGGAAGAAGCAUGUUUAGCACAGAGUAAAACUGUGAAGCCCUUAGUAAUCUCAGAAAAAGCAAGUAUGGAACAUAUAUUCAAUGAAAUGAGGAAUAAAAAUCGUCGCUUGGAACAGAAGGAACCAAAAGUACGAUGUCAUGAACCGAAGUGGUUUCAGUCAGUGGAGGAAUUAAAUUCUUACGUUGACAUUUUCGCCCCAGAACUUUUAGCAAUGUGGGACAUACGACAGGAUUCUGCCCCCUUGACUGUAACUCCGCACCAAAAAGUGUUGAGUUGGUUGGAAAAGAAAACUCCCUCUCAAAGUACGACACAGUCACAAAAUCUAACACAGUCCCAAGAAGAUACAUCGAUAAUAAACGAAUCAAACGAAAUUCUUUCUCAAGAAUUGAUUAGCGUAUCUCAAAAUGUACCACCCCAGUAUACUCUUGAUAACACUCAGAAUGAGCAAUCCUGUUAUGAUGUACCCAAAUCAAAAAAAUCUCGGAAAAAAUUGGCUACAAAGAAAAACUACAUUGCUGGUUUUUAA